CCCAAAAUGUAUACCGUAGAAAGUAAAAAGAUCAGAUGCUUCAUUUUUUUAGCUUGUUCGUCAUUUUGGCCUUGACUGUGCCCCAGGGAUUGGCACAAACGUUGGCCAAUAAUGGGAGUAUGACCCUGCUCCGUGACCUCAAGGUGAACAAGAGGCGCGUUCGCUGCGGCCGAAACCUGGCUGUUAUUGGUAGGGUCCGUCUCAACAGUUUCGGAGAUGCUGACUCUCUGUACUGCGCGCUCCGCAACAUGAAUUACGAUUCUGCUCAAUUUGAUUUGAAGGAUCGGGUCACGCGCUUCACUCAUAUCAAUACCCGCAAGUUCGUCAUGAUGUUUGGAGACGAAACUCCAUCGGAUGGGACUAAAAAAUACUGGUGGAGUUGGAGCCGAGAUGGACGCUUGUUUAGCGAGGGCCUUAAAUACAGUCUUCGUGUAAAUCUCAUUCUUAGGAAUGCGACUGCAACUCCCGUUACGUGGCGGUUUUAUUGUGAGACUAAGAAAAACAAUUUCACAAGCCACUACUUUUGGGACAAGACAGGCGCCGAUGUGAAUAAACAGGUUAGAGUUGCCGCACCCUGCGAGUACACCAGCAAGAAGGACAAGUUGUAGAAUGCAGCAGAUAUGAUAUAAAGUUGCAGUAUGCGGAAGGAAAAGAGUAGCCACCAUUCGCCCCAAAUAAAAAAAACAGAAGACGCCAGAGGGAAGGGUAAAUGGAAAUUGAAGCUUUAGAAGGGAAAAUGCAUGCUAGAGAGAACCAGAAUUGCAGCAUAUAGAUCAAAAAGGAAGAGGAAUACAUCUUAUUAUUCCUACCGGUGCACCGACAGACCUGCUUCGCAUUAAUAG